AUGGACCCCUGGGUAACCCCGGAUGAAGGCCACCUGUUAGUGAUGGGGCUUGGAGUCAGGCAGAGAGAAGAGCAUUUCCUCCUCACUUGGGCGUGUCCUCCGGGGUCUGCUGCACACCCGGCCCAGCCCCCUCAGCCACCUUCCCUCCUUCCCCAGGGUGCUGCCCUUUGGCCUUCUGUCCUGGGUUUGCCACGAGGCCCGGCUGUGGGUGUGACUGGGUACCCUUCAAAGCUCAGUAGGGCAGAAAAAAAAGAAACAGUUCAGCAGGCCUCCUCCACUCACACCCGUCUCCCCCACUGCCCCGAAGGGGCUGAGACCCCUGCAGACCCAGCACCCUUGUGCUGCCCACCCCGCAUCGCACGUCCCUCCUUCGCCCCCUCACACAGGGACUGGCGGCCCCCGUGCCCUGGGGACGGGUGUGCAGGGAAGCAGGCCAGGCCCCGGACUUGCCUCUUGUCUCAGCACUGUGUUGAAGGGGCGGGCCGGGUGCUCCUGAGGUGUAGCCCAGCUCGGGCUGCUGCUACGUGA